AUGGUGUCAAUUGGCAACGACAGUGAUAUCACAACCCCGUUUCUCGCUUCAGAAGGGGCUACUGAAAGAGAGAACGGGGAUGCUGUACGUGAAGACGAAGAGCCAAAAAGCAGGAUGAAAGAAGAAUUGCUGAGAGUUGGAGCAAUGUUAGGCCUCGUGUUGAUUGGGUUGGCGGUCGUUCUUUUGAUAUUCUUUUGGCCUCUAAUGUUUGGAUCAUUCUUACCAACCCCAAAAGGCAAUACUUGGGUAGUGGUUGGCUAUAGAAUUGGUAUCCAAGUGAUCCACGUUCUCCUAUUGGUCUUCCUUCCAUUUCCGUACUUAUAUUUGCAUCGAAAAGUAUGUCAUCCUAUACGGAUUGUUCUCAUGCCACUGGUCAAUGAAGUAUCCAAAAGUGAAGGCAUUCGUGAAAAGGAAGUCACUUGGUACAACAAGUGUUCUGAUCUCCCACAAACUCGAGAUCCCACUGUCCUCCUGAGUCGUCUGAAACCAUCCUGUCGCAAAGAUUUGAGAAAAAAGUUGAAGCACUUUUUUGAGAAUGACAUUACCACCCGAACAGUCCACAGCGAUUUCUUGUCGCUACAGCAUGAUGUUCCAAUUCUUUGGGCUCAUGAACAAAGAGCCGUCCAAGGAACCGACAAAUCAGUUUUGGAAGAAUUCAUCAAGCGGUUCUUGGUCUUGUUUUUGGUGAGUCAUGCCUAUCUGGAUCGCUACUACGAUAAGGACGGCAAGAUUUGCGCCUUGGGUCAAUUUGUUUCCUGUAGGAAUACAAUGAACAAUUUCAUGUAUUUCUGCUUGGAGGAACAGAGUCGUUGUGGAAUAUGGCAAUACCACCACUUUCGAGGUCUUUUGCGAGCCGUUGCUUCUUCUUCUUCUUCUUCAAAAAGGAUAGAGUAUAUUAAUUUCCAAGUACAUCAGGGGUAUGCCAAACGACUGGCUGGAGCCGUAGCCGCAGAUUACAAGGAUGACGAAUUAUUGUCCAACCUGUAUCCAUUUGCAUUGUACCAGCGACCACCGGUCAGUGUCAUUGAUUUGAAAAUUGAAAAGGAAUCAAUCAUGGGGUCAUGA